UUUGCCUACUGUUUACGAUUACAUGCGGAAGGGGACGUGAUUGAAGUUUUUGUUCUCAAUUUGUAUGCUUCGUUGACAACUGGAUGCUUUGUUAUACGUCAGAUAUGAGUUUCCAAAACUAGGAGAAUGUCUCGUGCGACAAAACGGAAGCAUGUUAUCCGUGAAGUCUUGGUAGAAGAGAUACGGCCACCAACUGAGGAACAGUCUAUUGUACAAGUCCUUGCCGGCAGAGGAAAUAACCUGCAUCUUGUUGCUCCGGCUUCAGGAGAACCUUUUCUUGCCUCAAAGCCCACAAAAUUCCGUUGUAACGUAUGGAUUAAACGUGGAGAUUACCUGCUCGUAGAACCCAUACCGGAAGGAGACAAGGUGAAAGCUGAGAUUGUCACUAUUGUUACAAGAGAUCAUGAAAAGUUCUAUCGUGAGCUUGGAACUUGGCCUCCAGAAUUUGAUAAAAAUGAUAGUGGCGCAGAAAAUCUCAAGAAUGGAAGAGAAGCGGGAGAUACAAGUGAAGAUGAAGAUCUCUUUGUGAACAAGAAUACACAGGUUGUGGAAGUGAGUGAACCAGAUGAAACUGAAAGUGAUGACGAUGAAAGUGGGAGUGAUUUCGAUGAUGAUGGAGCAAGAGAGAGUGCCAGUGACAGCUGUGAACCUGUUUCUGUUGAGAGCGAAGCCGAUGACAGAACAGGAGAUAGUGACAGUGAUGGAUAUACAACUGUUGAUUCUCACCACUUAAUGUCUUCCAUCUCAUCUUCAAAGAUGGCGUUGCUCUUCACACUAUAUGGAGGAGAAGUCAUUCUUUUCUAA